CUCUCCGCCCUGCCAGUACUUGGUGCUGGCAAACAUGGUGCCCGCGCCGGCCUCAGCCACGGCCUAGUGCGGGCCUGUGGGGCCUCGCCAUGGCUGCCCCUCGCUGUGGGGCUGGCAGAGGCUGUGGGGCAGACAGCACUGUGGGGCUGACAGGGGCUGUGGGGCAGACAGCGCUGUGGGGCUGACAGCACUGUGGGGCUGGCAGGGCUGUGGAGCUGACAGGGGCUGUGGGGCUGACAGCGCUGUGGGGCUGGCAGUGCUGUGGCGCUGGUAGGGGCUGUGGGGCUGGCAGGGCUGUGGAGCUGACAGGGGCUGUGGAGCUGACAGGGGCUGUGGGGCUGGCAGUGCUGUGGGGCUGGCAGGGGCUGUGGGGCUGACAUGAGACAGAUGGAACGGCUUUGGGAGUUCCUCCUCAUCCCUUGGGAAUCCCUGCCCAGCGCUGGGAUGCCUCAUGGCGCACACACGGUGGAGCCGAGGUGCUGCUGCCCAGGCCGGGGGCUCUCUUUGGAGCUUCACCCUUGGGCCCGGCCACAGGAGUGGCAUCGACACGGCUCCAGCAUGGACACGGCUCCAGCGUGGACACAGCUCCAGCGUGGACACGGCUCCAGCCUGCUCCCACCCCAGCCGUUGGCUUCUUCUCCUCCUCCAAGCACAGAGCCUUGGGUUUGAGGUCCAGAGAGAGCAGGAGAGACCUGGAGAAGGUGGAAGCGCUGCGGAGCCUCCCCAGGAGCCCCAUGGCCCCGCUCUGCAGCCCAAGGUGAAGUGGAAGGAGCCGGAGCCACGUCCCCCCUCGGCACCUCAAAGCACCAGCGAGUUCCUUCCUCCGCAGCCACCCUCAUGUCUGCUGCAGACCCCGUCCUGCCCCCCGAGGAGGUGGCUUUGCUGGAGCUGGGGAAGGGGGCCCCGGCCACCCCCCUGGACAAGGUGCCCCCAGUGCUGGGGGACCCCGAUGCCACCCUGCCAUGGGACCGGUGCCAGCUCAGUGCCGCGCCGGGGAGGAGACGGGCGAGCCCUGAAGGUGGCCGCGAAGACCCUGAGGAGGCCACCGUGGUCCCCAAGGCUGAGCCUGGAGAUGAGGAAGCCCCCGGGCUGCCCGUGGUGGCGUCCCAUGUCUUUGUGCCCAUAGACCCCCAGUGCAUUGAGCAGAGCCCCGGCAAGCUGAAGAAGCAGCAGGAGGAGGGCAAAGGGGGGUACCUGCCCCCCAGUGACCGACCCAGCAGCCAGCGCCAGAAGCAGGUCUUCCUCCCCAUGGGUCCCUCACGCUACAGGGACCCACUGGGCUUCAAGGGGCGAGUGGCCAAGCCAAGUGAAGGAGCACGGUGCCCAUGUGCUAAGGACUGUGAUGGUGGCAACCUCAAGGCUGUGGCCUCAGUGGUGGGGGCUCUGCUCCUCUGCCCCUGCCUCAUCUAUGGGGCCUACGUCUUCCUGCCCUUCGAUGCCCCACUGCUGCCCACCAUCAGCACCCGCCUGGUGUACACGCUGCGCUGCGCCUCCUUUGCCACGUUCCCCAUCGUUCUGGGUAUGAUCGUCAGCGGCAUCUCACGCCUCUGCUCCUCCGCGCUGGAGCCCUUCGGGGAGCUGCAGCGGGAGGUGGAGAUCCACCGCACCUACGUGGCGCAGUCCAUCCACCUCUUCAUCCUCUACUUCUUCAACAUGGCUGUCCUGGCCACCUACCUCCAGCAGGAGGUCCUCAAGCUCAUCCCCCUGCUCACAGGGCUCUUUGCCAUCUCCAGGUUGAUUUACUGGUUGGCCUACGCCAUCGGGCGCUCCUUCCGCGUCUUUGGCUUCAGCAUGAGCUUCCUGCCCCUCCUGGCCAUGCUCCUCUGGAACCUCUACAGCAUGUUAGUCCUGGAGCCCGAGAACCUCCUGGCCGUGGCGGAGGCAAAGCCUGAGGAUCACUCCAAGAACACUGGAGCCAAACUCCGGUACUGGGGAUGAGGGGACCCCCAGGAUGGGGGGCAGGUAGAUGUGGCCGGGUCCUACUUCCCUGCCUGCUCUCCCCGUUGCCCUGCCCUGGGCGGGUGAGCCCCAUGGCCCAAUAAAACACUUUGCUAAGUGCU